AUGGGUAUUGGUAUUCUUGUAAUUAGUGAAUUGUUUACAAAUUAUGAUAAUAAUAGGGCGGUUUCAUUAAGAAAGAUCAAACUAUCACCGACGUUUCUACCAGUUUAA